CUCGGAAUGUCAAAAAAAUAAAAAUAAAAAUAAAUAAAAUAACUCCUAUACAUAUAUUAACAUUAAUAUGAAAGGAAGGAGUUAAAGAUUGAUAUUUGUUGAAGUUGCUCCCUUUUGAGUUGUGGUAAAAACAAGAGUCACACAUGAAAGAAAUAUGAAAAUAAAAAAAUGAUUUAUAUAUGUUAAGAUCUAUGAAAUUAUUGAAUUAGUUUUUUAAUUUUAAAUUAAUGUCAAAAAUAUGUGAAAGACUAUAUAUCAAAUGUCUCCCCACAAAUAUCCCCCAAAUAUUAUCAAUUCACCUAAAACCUUAAGCUAAAAAGUAAAGGGUUCUUCUACCAAAAAAAAGUAAAGGGUUCAAAUAUAAUAUUAGCCUUAAGAAGGUAUAAAUUGCUUAAUUGAGUUUAUAUAUAAGAAUAAAGUUGACAUUAAUUACGUACCGCACAAGUAUUGUCUAGCUAGCUUCUACUCUAGAAUUUAAUAAGUCUUGAAAAAACCCAAUCAUUGGAACGCUAGAAGAGGCAUAUGUAUACUUCCUAUCCUAGCUAUAAGCUAAAUGAAAAUAAAAAAAAGGAAAUUGACUUGCAUAACAAUAACCAACUUCUCCGAGCAAAGAUAGCGGAGAAUGAGAGGAAGCAGCAAAACAUGAAUUUGAUGCCUGGAGAAGCUAACUGUGAGAUCAUGCAUUCUCAGCCAUUUGAUUCUCGGAACUACUUCCAAGUGAAUGCACUACAACCUGCCAAUCAGUACCCUCAACAGGACCAGAUGGCCCUCCAGCUAGUGUAAUGCAUUUGAUUUAGAACUUUCUGUCACGCCUGUGUGCAUUUAGUAUUCUCAUCUGAUUAAAGCCACAGGUACAUAUGUUACAUAAGGCAGGAAGCGAUUUGCAGUAGUAGAGUAUCAUGGUAGACAAUUCUAAGACUGAAAAGUUUGUGUAUCAGAGAUGAAUUUGUGUUAUUUACGCUUAAUAUGCAAGGUUAAAACUCUAUGGAGAUUAACCCUCAUGACAUUUUUAGUGUAAUAUAUCUAUACCUUCCAGCUUCUCCAUGCAGCAAUAUAUACUUGCAUGACUG